UUCUAACUAGCUUCCCCUCAGCCAAGAUGUCGGCGCCCAUGGAAGUAAUUGUGUGUGCCGAUUCGGCCGAGCAAUUAUGGAACUGUGCUGUUUUCGAGCUCCAUUCCGGCACGAAUCUGUUGUCUUAUCGAGGAGGCAAUACUUCGGCGAGGUCCCUCACUGUCUUGAAUGGGGAAUAUAUCCUUGGAGGUCAGCUUGGCAAGAACUUCAUCAACGUGUGGGAGAUUCAAAGAAAGGACCAGCUGCAGCAGAAGAUCGUGUGCCCGGGGAUAGUCACCUGCCUGGCUGCCUCACCCAACGGUCUGAUCCUGCUGGCCGGGAUCGCUGAGGCCAUUUAUGUGUGGGAGGUGUCCACCGGGAACCUGCUGGCCAUCUUGAGCCGGCACUACCAGGACCUCACCUGCCUCCGCUUCACAGACGACAGCAGCCAUUUCGUCUCCGGGGGCAAGGACAACCUGGCCCUGGUCUGGAACCUGACCAGUGUGGUGCAGCUGGACUCGGCCCGAACCCCAGAACCUCGGCACAUCUGGACCCAGCACUCGCUCCCCAUCACGGACAUCCACUGCGGCCUCAUGGGUCCGCAGGCCCGCGUGGCCACUGCCUCCCUGGACCAGACCGUCAAGCUGUGGGAGAUCUCCUCGGGCGAGAUGCUGCUCUCCGUCCUCUUCGACGUGGGCAUCAUGUCGGUGACCCUUGACCCCUGCGAGUACUCCCUGUUCUGCGGUGGGAGCGACGGCAGCAUCUUCCAGGUGUCCCUGUGCAGCACGCAUCUCAGCCGAGACAAGACGUUCCAGUCGGACGGCGAGGGGAAUCAGGUCUUCAAAGGACACCGGACCCUGGUGACCUGCCUGUCCGUGUCUAUGGACGGCACACUCCUGCUGUCGGGCUCCCAUGACGAGACCGUCAGGCUGUGGGACAUCCAGAGCAGGCAGAGCAUACGGAGCAUGAACCACAAAGGCCCGGUGACCAGCGCCUUCAUCAUGCCGGCUCCGGCUAACAUGCUCCUCCCGGAGAGCCACCCCGCGGUACCCCUGCCGCGGUUCAGCCGCCACCUCAACCCAGCGGAGCAGGGAGAGGGCACGGAGAGCGGAGGGGUGUGCCUCCGCCUGGGACCCAGCGUGCAGGCCACAGAGGAGACGUACCUGAAGAAGGCAGAGAAGCUCUACUCCCUCAUGUGCGCCGUCACAGACAAGAGCGUGUUCGGUGACGGGGAGAACACCAAGGUGCGCGUGUCGGAGCUGGAGGAGGAGGUCAAGACGCUGAAGAAGAUCAACAAGGACCUCUACGACUUCUCCACACAGCUCCUGACCAAGCCCAGUUAGAGUGGCCCUGGUGCCAGCCGCGGGGGG